AACAUCAGAUCCACUGGAACUGGAGUUGCAAGUGGUUGUUAGCUACCAUGUGAGUGCUGGGAACCAAGAGCAGCAAGAGCAGCAAGUGCUCUUAACUACCAAGCCAUCUCUCCAACCCCACAACCCAACUCUUGGGGUCCAGUGAGAGUUAUUUUUUUAGCAUCACCUGGAGUUUCUUCAAAUGCUUUUUAAGAUCAUUUUGGAGGUAGUAAGCAUUAAUAAUGUCGUUCAUCUUCGAGUGGAUCUACAAUGGCUUCAGCAGUGUGCUUCAGUUCCUAGGACUCUAUAAGAAAUCUGGAAAGCUUGUAUUCUUGGGUUUGGACAAUGCAGGCAAAACCACUCUUCUUCACAUGCUCAAAGAUGACAGAUUGGGCCAACAUGUUCCAACACUACAUCCCACCUCAGAAGAGCUGACGAUUGCUGGAAUGACUUUUACCACUUUUGAUCUUGGUGGACAUGAGCAAGCACGUCGGGUUUGGAAAAAUUAUCUCCCAGCGAUUAAUGGGAUUGUCUUUCUGGUGGACUGUGCAGAUCACUCUCGCCUCAUGGAAUCCAAAGUUGAGCUUAAUGCUUUAAUGACUGAUGAAACAAUAUCCAAUGUGCCAAUCCUUAUCUUGGGAAACAAAAUUGACAGGACAGAUGCAAUCGGUGAAGAAAAACUCCGUGAGAUAUUUGGGCUUUAUGGACAGACCACAGGCAAGGGAACUGUGACUCUGAAGGAACUGAACGCCCGCCCCAUGGAAGUGUUCAUGUGCAGUGUGCUCAAGAGGCAAGGCUAUGGCGAGGGUUUCCGCUGGCUCUCCCAAUAUAUUGACUGAUGUUUGGACAGUGAAAAUAAAAGAGUUUUACUUCUCUGGACUGAUCCUAUUCACAGCUUCCUCAUGAACUUUUCUAAUAGAACAAGGAAAGCUCUCCAACCAUGUCUGGUGUUGAGAAGCCAAGCGUCUGUCAACGCUCAUCACCCAGUGGUGACAUGUGCUCUUCUCCACACUGUUGGGAGGUAGUGCUGCCCAUGUGCUGGUGCAGGUCAGUAUCCAGGGACUUGGAGGCUGGCAGGAUUUGCUAGGUAAAGCUGUUUGUGCCAUCAUGGGACCCCUGAAAAGAAAAACACGUCUCACCACUGUGGUUGAUUUCAAAAGAAAGUGAUUCUAUUUUUUAAAGAAAGUGUUGUUAAUGUAAUUGGUAACUCUCCUCUAACUUUUUGAGUUGAAUAUUUACUUGGUCCAGAGUUUUCUAUUCUUUUUUUUGUUUUUAACUAGUAAAUGGAAUUUAGAUAUUUCAUAAAAUUAUGAACAGAUAACACAUUGGAGGCCAGCGCUCCCUUGUAUGUGUAACUGCUUUGUUGGAGGUGGUGUCUGUGUGCACCGAGAACUAGGAAAGGACAGAGCCCUGGCCAGGCAGUUGUGGCAGGUUUCCACUGUGGUAGGGGGCACUGCUCGUCUUGCAGUGGGCAGCAGAUUGUUCACUGUGGAAGGAUGGGCUCUAAAGUGAGUUAUUGUUACUGUAUUAUUUUUAUUUACAGUUACCAGUUUCAGCACUCUGCUCUUCUGCUCUGGUGUCAUUUCUUUCUGCAGCUCCUUCCUUUUUCAUUGUCAGUUACAAAAGCAAUGUUUGCCUCAAAGAGUUGAGAACAUGUCUCCUAUAGUCUUGUGCUUAGAGUCAGAUACUUUUGUACAAAUUCUAAGGGGAAAGUGUUCUGAAUAGGAGGGCACAGGGCAAGGUCAACAGCUGAAGAGCUCUUCAUUCUGUGAGUCAAGGGCUUGGCCAUCUGCGGUGGUAGUAGUACCAAGUGAACCUAGGACCGACUUUUGUCAGUGGACUCUUAAAUUUUCCACUUGCAGAAUUUGGUUUCUUGGGCUGUUCAUGAGCUCUUUUUUUUUCCUCCUGGUUAUUUGUUUUGUUACUGUUUAAAGGUUAACACCUGAAGCUUUUCCAAGUUUGGGCAGGGUGUGGUAUGAAGUUGCUUUUCUCCAUUUCAGACAUAAGCAGAGAAAACACUGAGUGUAGGACUUCCUGUCUGACCCUAAGGCAGCAAAGCCAGUGUGGAAGCAGCAGCUGCCUGUGAGAAUGUCAGUGGAUUUUUAUAGUAUUUCGUUUUCUUGGUGCCACAUGUGAAAUUGGGUUUUCAUGAUGUUAACCUAUACUCCUGUAAUAGAGAUAAAAGGAUAAGAUAUGGUUUAAAGAUGGGAGGGUGUCUAUUACUUCAUUUAAUGAAAGGUGCGAGGUAGUUUCCUCAAGUGAAAAUUAUGAUGAUGAUGCUUCUUUUCGGAGAACCUAUGUCCAGUGAGAGCGUGGGGAUUGUGGGUAACAUACUCCUGGGGAGUGAGUUCUCAUUGUUAAUCUGAGCAUGGUCCUAGUGGGGCAGUGUUCUGUUGCACUGCUGGGUCUAAAUGCAUAGGCUUGGUGAGGAGCUGUCUGGCAAGUGCAUGCAUUGCAUUUAUCCAAGCAUAGCUGGAGUGAGACAGAACGGUUCAUGUGGAAAGGGUCAUUAAAGCCUCAGGUAAAUGAUCUAGGUGGGUAACUGGCUAAAGGCUGACUAUGCUUCUUUGUCCAGGAAAAUGACAGGUAUGAUUGCCUCAGUGUUCGUUUCCUAUUUGUGUUUUCCCUGUUUGCCCCUAAUCUCUCUGUAGCAAUCUAGAAAACUAUGGGCUUUACUCAGGGCAGCUCUUUGUGAAAGUGGUUUAUUCUGGCCAUUGGAGAAAGAGGUGCCUGCAGAGUGGCACCAGUCUGUUUCCUGCCCCACAGAACGCCAUUCCUAAAAUAAGGAAGCUGAAAAGGCUGCUGCAAGGAGCACGGCUCCCCCAGAGGGCCUGGGCCUUGUGCAAAAUGCCAUGAAUUGAGACUCUUCAUUCUGUCUAACAGAGUGCACAUAUGUCCUACUCCAGCAAAAGUAAACCUGUCAUUACAAAAGGUCAGUCUGUAUCCUAAGCAUUUUAAUAAAAAGCUAAAACAAA